AUGGUUCUUGUGAUGAGAAGACCAGGCAGCGAACAACCGGAGUCUGAUCGUCUCAGUGCUGUCAAUGCACAGUGCCCCAAGCAUCUUCAAAACGACGCAUGUAAGCAUGACUACGGAGCAAACACGAAGACACGAGUCAAGCUCCAGGGGACGCGUAAACUUGACUGCCCCGCUGCAAUCCAGAUACGCCAGGUGACAACCUAUCCUGACUUUGGAGCCACUACUGCUCUAUGUAAUACUCCCAACAGUCCUUACAAUGCAAAAAGAAAGAGAUUCGAUGGAGAGAUGAAGAAGCGAUUUCUUCUGGUACAUCAAGAACCAUGGAAGCAGCGACUCCUAAUGAGAUAUGGAAAGGAAAUGGUUUUUAUGGAUGCAACCUACAAAACCACCAAGUAUGCACUGCCAUUGUUUUUCUUGUGCGUCCACACCAAUGUGGGGUACAAAGUGGUGGCGGAGUUCAUGUGCCAGUAUGAGGAUUCCAUUUCCAUCGCUGAAGCCCUGUCUGUACUCCAGUCCUGGAACCCCGAAUGGAGACCCAAAUUCUUCAUGACGGAUUACAGCACAUGCGAGAUUGAUGCCAUCGAAGCAAGAUUUCCCGGUGUGCUAGCCUACAUAUGCGACUUCCACCGUCUCCAAGCGUGGAACCGAUGGCUUCGGAAAAGGAAGAAUGGGCUGAACUCCAAGGAACAGCAGGAGCUCUUAUGUCACAUGAAGAAGGUAGCUGGAUCAAAAAACUCAGGUGGCGUAUGA